GGCCUCCUACUCCAUCGAGCAGCAAUAACAGCCCAAACCUCAAGGCUAAAAGGCUGAUGAGAAGACUGAUAUCACCGGUAUCGAUCGAAGAUAUCAACGGGAGGUAGGAGUCUUGGAUUGAACAACGCGAUUGCACGAUGGCAAAUCCGCGUUCAAACACCACCGUCAUCGUCGUGGGAGGUGGCGGUACCAUCGGAAGUUCAACUGCCCUCCAUCUCGUUCGCUCCGGCUACACAGCGUCAAACAUCACAGUCCUCGACACAUAUCCCAUUCCCUCUGCGCAAUCCGCCGGCAAUGACUUGAACAAGAUCAUGGGCGUCCGCCUGCGGAACCCGGUGGAUCUCCAACUGAGUCUCGAAGCACGGCAGAUGUGGAGAGAAGACUCGCUGUUCAAGCCCUUCUUCCACAACACUGGCAGACUCGACUGUGCGCACGGCAAGAAAGGCAUCGCAAGCUUACAGCAAGCCUACCAGGCCCUUCUCGACGCCAACGCCGGCCUGGAGACGACAAACCACUGGCUCGACUCCGAAGACGCCAUCUUAUCCAAAAUGCCGCUCCUAGACCGCGACCAAAUCCAAGGCUGGAAAGCCGUCUUCAGCGAGGACGGCGGCUGGCUCGCGGCAGCCAAGGCCAUCAACGCCAUUGGCGCGUUCCUUCUCAAGUCCGGCGUGAACUUUGGCUUCCACGGCGCCGGUACCUUCAAAGCGCCUCUGCUGGCGGAGGGCGUGUGUGUCGGCGUCGAGACCGUCGACGGUGCGCGCUACUACGCGGACAAAGUCGUGCUUGCUGCGGGCGCGUGGAGCCCGGCGCUGAUCGAUCUGCAGGAGCAGUGCGUGAGCAAGGCGUGGGUGUAUGCGCACAUGCAGCUCAGCCCCGGAGAAGCGGGGGAGUACAAAGACUGCCCCGUCGUGUACCACGGCGACUAUGGGUUCUUCUUUGAGCCAGAUGAGCGCGGCGUGAUCAAGGUGUGCGAUGAGUUCCCGGGGUUCACGCGGUUCCAGACGAUGCAGCCGUUUGGCGCUCCCGAGCGGAAACGCGUCAGUGUGCCGAGGAGCCAUGCAAAGCAUCCAACCGAUACAUACCCUGAUGCGUCGGAGGUGAGCGUUAGGAAGGCGGUGGCUACAUUCCUGCCCAAGUUCAAAGACAAGGAGUUGUUCAAUCGCAGCCUGUGCUGGUGCACUGAUACUGCGGAUGCUGCGCUGUUGAUCUGUGAGCAUCCGCAGUGGAAGAACUUCGUUCUGGCGACGGGUGAUAGUGGACACUCAUUCAAGCUUCUGCCGAACAUCGGCAAGCAUGUGGUCGAGUUGCUGGAGGGUACGCUCUCCGAGGAUCUGAAGCAGGCGUGGAGGUGGCGGCCGGGGACUGGUGAUGCGUUGAAGUCGAGGAGAGCAGCGCCUGCAAAGGAUUUGGCGGAUAUGCCGGGGUGGAAGCAUGAUGAGGCGGCGAGAUCAAAGUUGUAGCACAGGCAUGUGUAGAAUAGCAUAUAGUCAGGGCAUCACCCUGCUGGCAA